GCUUCGCCUACUACUUUGAAAAUCUACAAAUUCCAUGAUCCGAAUAGCCAAAAGCCCUGCGGGAGUAGCCAACCUAUUUUUUAUUCAUUUCUGUACAAACUCUCGUCUCAGAUAACAGGCACACUUGUUUGCUCCCGCAUAACUGCCAUUGGAAACAUGUUGGCAAGAAACACGAAUCUUUUGCGUCGGUUGGUCUUCCCUUUCCAAGGUCGACGGAACCAGCAUACCGAAAGUGUGGUUACAACGACAAAAAUUUACGAGUUACGUACCUACGCUAUAUGGCCACAACACAUCAAAGAUUUUUUGAAUUUGACAUCAGAGGAGUUCCACCUGAGAACUGCACAGUCCAAACUUAUUGGUUACUGGACAAGUGAGCUAGGUGGACUUAAUGAGGUUGUGCAUAUUUGGGAAUACGACAGUUUGGAACAUCGGGCCCAAGUACGGGCAAAUUUGGCCGGAAAUGCCGAAUGGAUUCAGCGCUAUUUUGCCAAAAUAUUACCUUGGAUGAGCGGACAACAAAACUCGGUGAUAUCAGUCAUACCUGGAAUUCCACUUAGCAACUCCAUAGAGAAAGGAGUUUAUCAACUUCAAACCUUUGCCACGAGUCCAGAUUUUUCACCACACGCACCAUCACCUAUUUUUAAGGGUAACAAGAGCGAUCAUCUCAUUGGAGCUUUCAAGACACUACACGGAAAUCUGAAUUCAGCGAUUUUGCUUUGGAAGCACAGUUCACUUACAGCAGCAACCAACUUUGUCUCUGAACAAAUGAGGAAUGAUGACUGGAAACACAUUUGUAGUGGACAUUCUAAAGUUUUGGUGCCUCAUAAAGUAUCCCCAUUACAAUAGUGAUAAUGUAGACAAAUACUCUUACAGUAUCAUUCAUGUAAGACAUUAGGGUUACCCAAUUUUCAAAUACAAUGAGAAACUCUCCCUAGACCAGAA